ACUAGUCUGAUGCAUAUUUUAUGAGGAAAAUAGGAAGGAAGAGGCAAAAUGGUGGCGCCCAGAAAUGUCACCCCUUUGAUAGCAUUAAUUCGCGAUUUUUUCCUUCAGAGAACAUAUAAAAAUGCAUUGAGGUUUGAAGGCAUCAUUUCAAAAAGAACACAGCCUCCUGUCACCCUGCCAGGUGGUCCGUCACAUAAACUCCACAAUAACUACUACCUGUCUCGUGAUGGGCGGAGAGAAGUGCUUCCCCCUCAGCCGGUGUAUCUGAGCGGCAGAAAGCUGCUGUCAGAAAGCAGUGCUGGAGAGAUGCCAUCGAGUAACAAGCCUCUCCCUAAAGCUGGUCCUGGUUAUGACUGGAGCACUGGACAGAUAUUCAAAUAAACCUUUUGUGGCGUUAAUAUUAACUUUUGUUAAUGUCGUGUGUAGGUGAAACUGAUUUCGAGGACAUGUUUAUUUUUGUUUUUUCCCCCAGCUUUGAACACUAGAACAAUACAUGUCGUGUUCAUUUGUUUAUAGAGAUAUUUGUAAAUAACAAUUUUCAGCAAAA